CAGAAAAUAGAAAAAUGUCAGCUAUAAAAAUAAUAAAUAUUCCUCAUUCUCUUUGGUACUUUAGUAAGAAUUUUUAAGAGAAAUGACUCCAAGUCUAUUUUUCCCAUACAAUUUAUUCAUCCAUUACUUUGAUUUCCUUUGUUUAUAUGAAUGCCAAUCAAAGCAAUCAGUCUCUCAUUUCUUCCUUUUGAAUGUAGCAUAAUUCAAAGUACAGAAAAACAGAGAUAUACAGAAAAAUCACAGUCAAGUUUGUUUAGCCCUUAAGGGUGGCAACAUCAGAGAUGAAUGUUGAACUGGCCAGACAAUGGGAGAACAAAAGUGUUGUGAAUGAGUUUGUCUUACUGGGAUUUCGUAAGCACCCCAUGCUCUUCUUCGCUGCCUUUCUUGCUAUCUAUCUGACUGCUAUUCUAGGCAAUGGCCUUGUUGUGAUUGUGACAACAAGAGAUCCUGCCCUCCAUACCCCUAUGUACUUUUUUCUAAGAAGUUUAUCAGGACUUGAGGUAUGUUACACUUCAGUCACUCUUCCCAAAAUGAUAGUCAGCCUGGCCACAGGAGACCAUUCCAUUUCUUUGGAAGCCUGUGCCUCCCAAAUGUUCUUCAUGCUUUUCCUGGGUGGUACUGAGUGUUUCUUACUAACUGCCAUGGCCUACGAUCGCUAUCUUGCUAUUUGUCUGCCUCUGCACUAUAUGACCAUAAUGAAUCAAAGGAUGCUCAUAGGACUGGUGUCUGGUUCUUUCGUUCUCAGUUUUCCAAUGCAGUUGGUACAAAUUGGACUCAUCUUCUCCCUCCCCUUCUGUGGCCCCAAUGAAAUGGACCACUUCUUCUGUGACAUGCCGGCAGUCCUCAGUCUGGCGUGUGCUGAUGUCUCCACCAAUGAGUUGAUGGUAUAUAUGGAGAAUGUUAUAUUUGCUCUAGUUCCUCUAGUUAUCAUCUUAACCUCCUACUUCUAUAUCACCAGGACAAUAUUGCACAUGCCAUCAACCAUGGGGCGCCAGAAGGCUUUUUCCACUUGUUCAUCUCAUGUGAUUGUGGUCAGUCUUUUCUAUGGCUCAGGAAUGUUGGUAUACCUACAUCCCCAAACAACAGAUUCUGUUAAGAUUGACAAGCUACUUUCCCUGCUCUAUACAGUCAUCAUUCCCCUUUGCAACCCCCUUAUCUACACUUUGAGGAAUAAGGACGUAAAGGCUGCCCUGAAAAGGCUCUUUAGUAAUAAAUAGUCUUUUGAUGUAGGCAAGGAUAGUGUUGAAGACAUCACCUGAACACUUCUCUUGCUUUUAGAAUCUUCAAAGCCAGCAAGAUACUGUACAUCUUCUGAAAAAAGAAGGCAGAUUCCAGAGUGUGCUUAUUUGGCCAUAGAUCCUAUUUCAGUUCUAAAAAUUUAAUCAACCCCGUAAUUCUACAUUACUACUAAAUUCAAUUUGCCCUAUAGCUUUAGUGUCAACCAAACAUUCUUGUGAAAUUAGUUCAGGCUACAGCUGAUAGGGUUAGCACUGAAAAUGUGCAAUUACAUGGAAUGAUAGAAGCACAGAAAACUCACUUGUAGAACCAUCAGAUUGGCCCAGUAAUUUUAGUGGCAUUUUAACAUCUGGAAUUCUUCUCCUGCUCACUAGUGAUUUUUAGGCCAGGAUUUAAAAUAAAAUCUGUUCCAUUCAGGCUUCACAUAUUAGUUGAUGUCAUUAGAGUUAAUUAACUGGAGUUUUAUCUGUUUUGUUUUUAAAUGUUUUCUUGAUCAAGGGUAAUAAGAAGCAAUUGUUUUAAAUAUGACUGGGUUCAUAUGACAUAUUAAGCCAACCCAAAUACACUUCAUCGUGGCUUAAAGUGAUGGGUGAAAUCAGAUCACAGGAACCCAAGGACAAGUUUCCAUCAUCUGAACUGGUAUGGCAGAAAAUAUUGAAUGGCCUGAUUUCAGUAUAAGAUUCCUUUCAAAGGAUAAAAGUGGUCAGGUCAUCAAUCAUCUGCUUUUGGGGUUUUUUUUUAACAAAGCAAUUUGUUAUAUUGUAAUAGCAUUUAUGACUUUUGUGGAUGUUCCCUGAGAUUCUUCAUUCAGUAUUUUCUCUGGGUAGGCUCUCCAAGUGGGUUGCUAUAACAAUGUGUCUAAGAUAUUUCAAGAAUGUUAACAUCUGGUAAUACUGAGAUGGUGUGUUCCAAAGGAUAUAGACUAGGAUUUCUCAGCCUUGGCAACUUGAAGAUGGAUGGACUUCAACUCCCACAAUUCCCCAGUCAGCAGCUGGGAAUUCUGGAUGUUGAGGUACACACAUAUUCAAGUUGCCAAGUUUGAGAAACACUGGCAUAAAUGAUGAGCAGGGACGGAUGAAUUUUAUCUCCCCCUCCAGUUCAGGAGGUAGCAAGGCAGUUCUGUGUGGAAGUCAGAAAUCAAAGAUCAACCUAGUAAGAAUGAGAAGACAUUGGCUGAGUUCAUAUCUCUUCUUUUCAACCAAUCCUGAUAAUGCUCUGUUGUAUAUCUAUGAACCCCAUUCCAAUUUGUUAAUAAUGUAUUUUCUUCUGGAGUUUUUUGCUUUUAAGUCACAACUAAAAUGGCAUUUAGUCAA